CCCUGGAGGGAGCUGGGCAGAAAGAGGCACCGCCGGCUACCCUCCAAGAAGAAGAGGUCCUGGAAGCAGUAUAACAAGCUGACCUGGGAGAAGAAGCGACUGGAGGAGAGGGAGUCCAGGCGGGUGUCCAAGAUGCGGGCCGAGAUGUUCGCCAAGGGCCAACCGGUGGCCCCUUACAACACCACCCAGUUCCUGAUGGAGGACCACGGCUUGGAGGAGCCCGACCUGUGCCCGCCGCCAAAACGGGCCCCCGCCGCCUUGCCACCCAUCCACCUUGACAGCACGGAGGACGACGGCACGGGCAGCGACGGUAUGGCCAGCGACGACGGCACCAAGUUCCUGCAGAAGGACUUUUCCGAGACCUACGAGAAAUACCACGUGGAGAGCCUGCAGGACAUGAGCAAGCAGGAGCUGAUCCGUGAGUACAUGGAGCUGGAGAAAUGCAUGAGCCGCAUGGAGGAGGAGAACAACCGCCUGAGGUCACAGCAGGCCGACCCCCCCAGGCUCCAUGAACUGGAGAUGGAGCUGGAGAAGCUCAAAGAGGAGAACCGGCGGCUGCGGAGGGAGCAGGUGGUGGCUGACCCUAUGGGACACUGA